AUGCCCAAAUCGCCCUUUCGCCGCAAGCCCGCCGCCCACGCUCCCUCGUCCCUCUUCCGCUACCUGUUCCCCAGGAGUCGAGCACGCGCCCGCCUUCACCUUUCCAAACUCCGCCACGAGACAUUUCCGUCGCUCAAGCAGAACGCCAAGUCGCGCAUAUACAAAUACAUCGUCUAUCGCCAGGCUGUCAAGGCGCGAGGAAAACAGACCAUCUUCCAGCGCCUACGGGGCUACACACGGAGGUUGAGUGGCCGCAGCUACCUGGAAGAUGCCGCAAGGUUGCGACGACAACAGAUAGCCAAGCGUCCUGGAAACACAGAAUCGGGCAGUCGAGCAAUGACGUACCAAGAGAGCUACGAGGCGCGGGAGCCUGGCACACGGAGACGCAAGCUGGCGGGCUACCUGAAGGCUGCAAAUGAACUCCGACAGACAUAUACGCAACAGUAUGCGUCCAACUGGAGUACCAAGGAAGCACAAUACGACUACGAAGACGACACGCCGGGCGGCUUUCCAGAUGCAGCCGUCGUCAGAAGCGGCCGCGAGGAGAUGAUACUCUUUCCUAGCUAUGCUAGGAGGCACAUAAAGAGGAAGCCAGAAGCACAACCAGGCACUAUACAAGAGACUGAGGGUGAAGGACGCGACGUUCGAGACUCAACCGGCGCCGGUGACGCCGAAUUUUGGAAGCAGCAAUGGAACAACUACGAGGACGACAAUGCAGUAGUUGACGUUGAUGUUCGUGGCUGGAUAUACUCACCGCACAGGGGGCAGAUGUCGCGGAAGCAGAGGCUGUUCAUUGGACUUGCACGCCAGCUUGUUGGCGUACAGGCGCCUGCUACGCCCUCCACUUCGUCUGGAGAUAAUAGCCGGGAUACAAGCCCGCAACGGCAUGGCUUUCGCGAACGGGCCCACUUGCGCGACGCUCAGCAGGACGAGGCCAUUGCGGCCAAGGAAGCUGAGGAAAUUCUACGCCGUGGCGAGAGAGAGGCAAGGGCGGCGGCACGCGGUGCUUACAGUGAGAAGCCUGCUAAAGACAUGGACGAUACACAAUUAUAUCGAACAGAGACCGGGAGCAGCACGCGUCCCAACAAUGGCAGGACCCAUCAACUCGCCCAUAGCACAUCCAAAGAUUCGAUGAGAAGUGAGGCCAGCAUCAAACCGUUGCAGAAACGAGGGUCAUGGAACCAGCCGUCUGAAAUGAGCCCGUCUGAACUCGCCGAGGCCAACGCCAGGCUGAUGGCUCGCCUGCGACACUUUCUUGCAAUACCAAUGGCCAACACACCCAUCAGUGUCUUCUUCUACAACGAGAAUAUAUCCAAACAGAGGACUGUGUACACCGAUGCUGCAGGACAUUUCAGUAUGAGCGCGGCUUUGGAUUUUGUGCCCACCCACGUUCGCAUCUUAGCAUCAGACAAGCUCUCGGCAACAGAAGAAGUAAUCGUUACUGCCUCGCAGGGAAUCAGUGUCAUCAGUGACAUCGACGACACAAUAAAGCACUCCGCUAUUGGUAGCGGCGCCCGCGAGAUCUUUCGUAAUGUUUUCAUCCGCGAUCUUGUCGAUCUCACUAUCGAUGGUGUCAGAGAGUGGUACAACAGAAUGGCGGAGCUGGGGGUCAAAUUCCACUACGUCUCCAACUCGCCCUGGCAGCUGUACCCUGUCAUCUCAAAAUACUUCGAGUUAGCUGGAUUACCCCCCGGCUCGUUCCAUUUGAAACAAUACAGCGGCAUGCUUCAGGGAAUAUUCGAGCCCGUGGCUGAGAGAAAGAAGGUUACUUUGGACAAGAUCGCAAGAGAUUUUCCAGAGCGAAAUUUCAUAUUAAUCGGAGAUAGUGGUGAGGCUGAUCUGGAAGUUUAUACCGACUUCGUACUAGAGAACCCAGGGCGAGUCGUUGCCGUCUUCAUUCGCGAUGUCACCACAACAGAUAGUCCAGGCUUCUUCGACCCUUCUACUGGAUUUUCACCAGGUGAUCACUCUUCGUCAUCGACCCAGCGUACCAGUGGAGGGAGCUCGGCUGCUUCUACUAAGGCUCGACCGCCGUCUGAAGAAACCGAUCCUGAACUGAGAGCUGCUAUUGCAGCAUCAUUACGUGACAUGGAUGCGGACAAUAGCAAGCGUUCUAAGUCAACAUUUCCGCAGACCAACAAUGAGCAACAGCCGAAGUUGCCUGCAAGGAAGCCCUCUUCGCAAAGUAUAUCACCGAGAGAUUCUCCGGCCAAUUUAAUAGACCUAUCAUCCGACGAUGAAGUAGACGAUUCGUCUGCCCUUAGGAAAUUCAACAGCGAAACUCAGGCUGACAACGAAAGACACCGUUCGUCAGCCGGAUCGAAUGUGAGUACGAAGUUUGCGCCUGCGCCUCCCAAGAAGCCAGUCGCAUUACGAAGCCCAUCGAGCGAAUCUACGUCUUUCAAUACCCUGUCCUCCUCCAACCCACGACCACAGCCACCAAAACCUCGAAAGACCUCGACAGCAGUCGGUCAAUCCAGCCCACUAGCACAGCAAGAUCAUGCCACAAAGAGCGCAAACACUUCAGCACCUUUUAGACCUCCGGUGGGCCCCAAGCCGUCCGUAAGCUUCCAGAGCCAAGCAUCACAAGAUCAGCAGUCGUACGCUGGCAUGGCUCGGGAUAAGCUGUGGUCCGUCUACAGUAAUUUGCCUGCGUUGCGAUCAACGGAAGAGCCUGGCUCCAAUGCGUCCAGUCUAGAUGUCACUGGUGUUCGUAAAGGCCCGCCUCCACCUCCACCUCGUCGUGGUAAUCGCGAUACAGCUUCAAGCGCAGCAUCUUACGUGAGCUCCAAAGCAUCGUCAGCAUGGCAACACGCUCCCUCAAUGCCAUAUCACACUCGUCCACAGGUCACGUCUGCGCAAACAUCUCAGCCUUUCUCUACUGCUGUGCCGCGACAAGGUAUCAAUCGCACCAGUACCGGUAGUACGCUGAGUGGUGCUGCAGGCGAGCAGUACGGCACGAAGAAGGAGCAGCUUUGGCGCCAGAGAUGGGCGCACGCGGAACAAGUCCUCGGCGAGCAGGGUGUAAUACUUCGAGGAUGGAGGGUUGGAAGCGACAUUAUGGGUGAGGCAGAGAGUAUAGUCAAAGAUGCAGAGAAGAAAUUCAAGCGAGAUGAGCGACGAAGUGAAGGACUUAUCCAUAUCAAGUUUGACAAUACGCAUUUUGAAAUUAGGCUGACUAUGAAUGUUCCCCUGCACAGGCCGUCUAGCAAGGGAAAACCAACAGAUCCUAAGCUCAGGGAGAAAGUGAAGGAGGAGGUCAAGAACGAGACGAAUAAGGACGGAGGUGGAAAGGGACAAUGGAGCGCAUGGAAGGCUAGCAAGCUAUCUAAAGAGUACGAAAAGAAGGGUGGGGGUUACGAGAACGAAGCUGGAAGCAAGAACGAGCCGAAGAAGGGGGCUCCACAACAGAAGUCUAAAGGCAAGAAGAAGGCCGAAGAAAAGGAAGAGAAACAGGAGGAUAAGAAGGAAGAGACAGAGAAACCAAAGGAGGAGGAGCCGUCGAAAGAAGACGACAAAGACGAGGGAAAGAAGGAGGAUGACGAGGAGAAGGAGAACAAAGAUGGUGAGGAGCAACAGGAAGAAGAAGAGGAGGCUCCUCCAAGUGCGCAGAAGCCCAAGGCCAACACCGGCGCAAAGAAGACGGGUGCCAAAGCUGGUGCUAAGAAAGCAGAGAAAUCUGCCGAACCCAAGAAGUCAGCCGCACCGAAGAAGGAAGCAAAGGAGAGGACAGAGGGAACGAGAAAGUCAACAAGGGUUGCUGGGAAGAGGAAGACGUAUGACGAAGAUGAAGAUGACGGUGAGGAAGAGGAGAAGUCAACCAAGGCCAAAGCGAAGAAGAGCAAGGCUUGA